GUGCGCAGGUGACCACAGCCACCGGGUUCACUCCGCCAGGGAGAGCUUGAUGCACGGAGUUUGACGAAUGGCUAUGCAUGCCGAACUUGGCAUGGACAUCAGGUGGAUUUGAAUUGUUGCCUCGUCGAAAUAUGCCAUUCGCUGGUCUGGCAGGAUUCCAAGUGUUACGACGUCGUCGAGAGCGUAUCGAAUCUCCGUCUCGCAGAUUCAACAGUAAAAUGUACUCACUGUCAAUCCCAGCAUAACCGCAACACCACGGAACAGAUCUAGGACGAUGUGCCAAAGGCGUGGCGUGGUUGGGAGUCGAUUCCAUCGGCCUCAAGUCGCAUCGCAUCGUUGUGUGGGAGGGCACUUGCCUUGGUUCGACUUGUGCUUCAAAGUCUCGUGGGCUCCCUCCAAGCGAAGGCAUCUUGAGAAGUCACCCCCGCGAUCCCUAGACACGUUCAGCACAAUUUUCAUGUGCACUCCCCUUGAAAAACCAAUCGCGACGAACGGCGCGGUCGAAACCCCUUCUAUGGUAGUGGCGCACAGCGAGCCUACACCACCACUAUGCAACCGGUUCGCCAAGUUCGACACUGGCAUUUCUUGCCUCUUUUCUCGGCAUCAUCCUCGGGAUGUUCAUUCCAUCCGCCAAGCCCAGUGGUGAAAUCGUAUCUUGGAGCGGGCCCCCAGGACUCUUUUUAUCCGCGCCAUCAAGUGCCGUGCACCCCCCUUGCGUUCGGCAGUCUUCUCGUUGAUGGGUCUUACUCUUCCAUUCUGGCUUUGGAAGCAAGACCAAGCGCAUCAAUGCCAAGUCCGUCGUGAUUGGCAUUCAUACGAAAAGCCGACCUCUUCUCGACCCACCAUGGCGCGUCACGACUGCUCAUGACGCCAAUUAGUACAACCAGACGAGUUCGUCCUUGGCCUCGUAUGGUUUGUUGAGAAAAUUAUUCACGGCAGCUUCGAAAUUGUCCUAGAUCACCAUGACGUAGGCGAAAUGCCCUCUCACGCGGCUCAACCUGCGGUGGCUAAAGUGCUACGUAAGCCCAUUCAAACCCUUGCGU